AUGAAUCUUAUCGCAUUCAAGGUAUCUGGAACAGUGCAGGGAGUGGGGUUCAGAGACUUCACACAGAAGCGCGCCACCGAGUACGGCUUGAGGGGCUGGGUGAAGAACACGCACUGCGGAAGGGUCGAAGGGGAAGCUCAAGGACCCAAGGAAUCAGUGCAGAAGCUGCUCAAGGACCUCAACAAUGGACCCCGUCUAGCACAUGUUGUCAAACUGGAGCAGAAAGAGAUCGGCGUGAAGGACGGCGAAGAGAAAUUCUCAUGCUAUAAGACAUCGGAGUCGGGGUUUGCGAACAUUGAGUGAGUUGGGCUGUGUAUAAGGCACGUGCAUGCCAUGGUCGCAUGUCUGUGCUUGCGUGUACAUUGAGAAGGAGAAACGCAGUGGAUCGCCACAAAUGGGAGAGUAACAGUGCUGGAUGAACAAUGACAAACAAUAUGACCCCCUUUGAAACAUUGUGUUGCAUAAGAAGCCCUAUUCGC